AUGUUCUCCUCCCGCAAGCAAAUCGUCCCUCUUUUCGUCUACCUCUCCCUCCUCCUCGCUUCCUCAGACUUCGCCGCCGCCCAUCUCCAGAAGCGCGACCAUGUCAACCUCAAGCGCAUCAUGAAGAAGCGUUCGCCCUUCCCCCAAGACGAGGGCUCUGUUCUGCUCCCGGGUGCCAUUGGUGCUGCCCCCAUCCCCUCCCAGUCCUCAAGCACGUCAGACAUUGCUGUUCUUCCCUCCUCAUCUUCAACAGCCAGCAGCUCUGUCGAGACCUCUGCUUCAUCGACAUCUGCCUCCUCGUCCGCCUCAGAGUCGGCCUCCAGCUCCGUGGCAUCCAGCUCCAGCGAGUCCUCCUCAGCCCCCAGUGCCACCCCGACGACAACAUCAGCUGCUCCCCCUGCGCAGACAUCAGAAGCCCUCAAUGUCACUGGUGUCCCUGCCGUCAUCACCAGCACUGGUGCAGCCGUUACCAAGACCGAAUCCGUCGAGCCCUCCCAGACCAUCAUUCCCGAUGCCCAAUCAAAUAGCUCAAUCAGCUCAGAGGCAAAGGGCAUGACCAUGACCAUCCUCAUCGCUGUUGCGGCCUCCAUCGGCGCUAUUGCUAUUAUCUGGACCGUCUUCCGCAAAUGGAAGCUCUCAAGCUCAAAGGAGUUCGACCGCCGCCUCAACCCCAUCGACUGGCAGCCCACCACCGGCGAGGACGAUAUCAUCCCCACCCACCGCCGUGCAACGUCGAACACGUCUUCCCGCUCUGGCUCUGGCCACGGACACGCCCGCGGUGCUGGCGCUGGCGCUGCUGGUGUGGGUAUGGGUGCUAGCUCCGCAUACGGCCACGGCGCAAACUCCGACCAUGGCCACGGACACGCUAACCCGAACCCCUUUGACGACUUCGACUCCCCCACCAACGGUGCGCCCGUGGGUGGAUACGCAGACCUCAACCGCGGACCGAGCCCUACCAAUCAGAUGCAGGAGCGCCUCGCACGUGGCCCCAGCGUCAACCGUGGGUACGAAACCGCAGUCCCCCUUCACCACCAGGGAUACGAUGCCUAUCCUACUGCCCCACGGUACUAA